AUGCGAUUCGGUGGCACUUCUGCCUUGGCCUUCUGGGCCCUCCUAAACUCUGCUUCGGGUCGCCUUUCUGGUGACAACAUCGAUCCCGAGGAGACCGCUGUCUUCACUUCCAAGGACAUCGAGGAUUACCUCUCCCCUGGACCCUACGUUACUGUGGCCGAGUUUGGUAGUUCUCCUGUAUCCCCCGUCAUGGAUUGGUUCGAGAGCUCCAUUGCCGGUCUGAAGUCCUGGGCUGGGUCGGAGCUCCUCAGCUGGUCUGCCAAGAUCAUUGAUACUCUCGGUGACCAUGUGAAGGGUGCUGAUAUGUUCUACAACUUCAUUCCGAGGCAUGUCGCGACUUUGGAGAACGAUGGUCAAUGGCACAGCUAUAGCGGUCGCUGUUUUCAAGACAUCAAGGUCCGCUCGACAGAACGCGAGGACGGGACGAUCAUGAUCGAGGCUGAUUAUCGCAAUGCGGUCUCUUGGACGUGUGCCGAGUACGUCCUUUUUGGCAACGCCGCUGACUUCCAUAUGCAGUACAAACUCCAUCGGGGUACGGAAACAUACAAGUGGACUGCUGACAAGGGGAAGAUCUACGUCUUUGAUCUCCGCACUUCCCUCGUCGAUGCGGCUGAGGGCAUCAUCAAGACCGCGGACCUGCUACUUGGUCGCGACCAGGCCCUAGAGUUCGUCGAUCACUUCAUGGGCUUCACUUUCGACAAGCGCACCCACCCUGGUGCCGUUGACAUUGCUGAAGAGGAUAUCCAUCCUGGCGAUGUUAUAAUGGUCACGAAUAUUCAAGGCCAGAGUGCAUCUAUAAUGUGGGCAGGUGGCUCUAUCCCGAGUCAUAGUAUGAUGUUCUUGCGUGAUCCUGAGACUGAGAAACUCUACGCCAUUGAGAGUUGGGCCGGUGGUGUACGCAAGCUCACCUUCGAGGAGUAUCUCAAGGACGAUGCUGGUUGGUAUAAUAACGCCGUCCUUGUUCCUCUCAAGGAGGAACUCCGUGAGAGCUUCGACAACGAUGCUGCUUGGAAUAAGUUCACCACCGAGUUUGAGGGCAACGACUAUGGAUAUAGUAACUUCCUCUUUACUAGUGUUGACACUCUCAAGGGCAACUACCCCUGCCUUCCUAUGGACGACUAUCAGACCUGUCUCUCAUGGGAGUUCGUCGAGACCCUUCUAGGUUUGGUCGAACGUGUUAAACCCGACAUGGCCGACCUCCUCUUCCUCGAGGCCUUCAACCACCGCAUGGGUUCCACUGGAUUGGGCCUCAGUGAUAUCCUCAAGAUGGCCGACGCCAAGCUUGAGGGCGGCUCGGCUGCGCUUCCAACUAUCCCAGAACAGGACGACUGGGUCUACCAUACCCAUCAUAACGGCCAACCUGUGAUGGGCCCCUCUCGUGUUUGCAGUGCCCUCGUGUGUGAGAUACUCCGUGCGGGUGGUGCUCUAGGUGAUCAUGAGCUUUCCUGCUCUGAGUUCACUCCCUUUGAUGUCUAUAGUAUGGAUAUCUUCACUACUCCUACAUACCAACUCAAGGGCGACUACGCUAUAGACUUGACCAAACCCGAUGCGUUGCGCCUCGGCCAGAAGGCUGUCACCGACGAUAUGGCUGAGACUUGCCAAUCUGUCAUCACCGCUGAUUCCUACUAUGCUAGAGCUCCCCAUUGCUGA